UUUGUUGUGAUCUGUAAAAUCACUGAAUGUUAGCAAUAAUACAUCUUGAAACUUAAGGGACCUAAACUGUGCUAUUUUCUGUAAUAAUAAUGUGUUUUGUUUCAUUCACACAUGUCUAAAACACAAGCUACAGAAGGUAACUGUCAUAACAUGUUUAACUACUGCUUCAUGACAUCACAAGGAUUACUCAGACAUGAAUGAAUAAAACAAAACGCAACCCCAGGUAUGCUUUUGAUGAGGUAACAACAUUCUAACAUGGUUUAAAGGUCACAAGAAUCUUUUCUAAUAAACAUUUUUAAAUAAACACAAAUUUUAUCUGUGCGCAUGAUGCUAAAUAUGAUAUUGCUUAAGGUGUAUGCAACACUUCCUGGUUCUAAAAGUAGUGUCACAAUUUUAUCUCCAACAAGAUUUAUUAAUUUAUAAGAAAAUCAGCAGAGAAUCUGACUUACCCUAAAAUACAGUUUGUCUGGUAAAAGUUGAAUCUUUUUUUUUUUUUGCUACAGUUAGCAUUUACUAAUGGACACGUUGUAGGUGCAAUGGAGGAUGUACGACCUUGCUCUCACAACACUCUGUGAGCUCUUCCUUUUUUAGAGGCAGUUGUAAGUUUUCUGUCGUCACCUAUUUCCUGCAUAUAUUCAACUGUGACAGUUAAUCAUUACAGAUCAUUUUCAUUGGGUUUAUGUAAAGGUAGAAUGUUUGCGAAUGCAAUAGUAAUAUAUCAAAUAUAUCUCAAUCACUCAAUCAUGUUUUUCAACAUUAUUUUCUAAAUGGUGAGGAAGUUUAUUAAUUAGCUGUGACAGCAUUUGGAGCAAAAAUACACUGGUUUUCAGCUAUUCCAUCUCUAGUUCUAACCACUUAAAAGACAAAAUAAUCAUCAGAUUGCAUACGUACAUAGUUUAAUGUACAGAGGCGAAUUACAGCUGUCAACAUCUAGAAUGCGAGAGGUAGUAGUUUAUAAGUUUACACCGCUUCCUACUCCUUUUUCAGCAAAAUGUUAUUAUUGCACAAUAUGUACAAUAAUAUUUAAUGUUGAUGUGAUAAUAUUUCUUUCUAUAUCUAUAAAUAAUUGUUCUUGAUUAGUAAUUGAAGUAUAAGUAAUCUUGUUUUUGUACCUUUAACAUUUGGAGAUUAUGCUGACACUACAGGUUGAGAAUAUAAUAAAUAUUUUGAAUCUGUUAUUUGUCAUUUGUAUAGGCCUGUCACUGUAUUUACUAUAUCAAAUUGUUAUUGUGGUCUACUGGUCUAUGAAUAGGAUAGGAUCCCCUGCCUUUUUCCUCGUGGUCUUCUAACUGGUUUAUCGAGCUUUGCCUCAUUCAACCUGUGCAGUUUGUAGUUAGACAUUAUGGCAGACUUGGUAUUUGUUUAGUAUUUUCCUGAAAGGGAUCUACUAGUCGCCUCUCACACAACACCAUCAAACAAAUCUUCAGCCCAGAGACAUUUGAAUGGUUUCAGAGUGGUUUUGCAUGUUCAGAUUAAACACCACAGGUCCCUAUAUUCACAGUCACAAACAAAAAUAAAAUCAAUAUUUAACAAUAACAGCUGGCCUAAAUAAAAUAACUACAUGUGAUACUGUGCUUGAUUUAAGUUUUAAGUCAGUAAAAGUAUCCAUAAUAGUAUUUUUGUUACUGCGCAGGUGCCAGUGAAGGGAGGGGCCGCUGACAUGAUGUGGUCAGCUUUGAACAUCAUAGAGAGUUUGAGACUCAGGAGUCCAGUCCACAGUGAUCUGCAAUGGUUCCAGACUUGAUAAAAUUAUCUUAUUAGAAAUGAUCAAAUUUUAAUUUCUUCAAUAUUUUCUUUAUCAACAUAAAGGUAAGUUUUUUAGUUACUUAUGAUGUAAUAGUUUUUUUGUUAUUCAGUUUAGUUGGUUUAUAUAUAGCAUAGAGUAACAAAACAAUCCAGCUGGCCUAUAUACAGACUUUUGUUUCACUUAUUAAUGUACUUCUUGUAUAUUUAUUAUUUAUUUAGGUCAAUGGGUAUUUUACUAAAAACUUUUCAAAGUCAUUGCCUAUAAGCAAAUCAAUUCUGUUUCUGACCCCUGGAGAUCAGCAAUGCAAAUUACUUUUUAAUGCUGUUAUGUUAGAAUCUGUGGGAAAAUGUUGAGGUAUUUGAUUUGUUAAUAAGUUGAUAAGAAAUAAAUCUGGAUAGAUGAAUAUUGGACCAUGAAAAUAGUAAAGGAGUUGAACUUGACCCCAUAGUUUUAAGUUUCGUAAAUGUCAGAUUAGGCCUACAGAUUCUGCCCAACCCAUGUCUUAUCUACUUUUCUUUCUGCUUUCUACUUUCUUUCUACUUUCUUUUAGAUUAGUUUACCUUCUCAAAAUGGAUAAGUUCCGGAUGAUGUUCCAGUUCCUGCAGUCUAACCAGGAGUCCUUUAUGAACGGGAUCUGCGGUAUCAUGGCCCUGGCCAGUGCUCAGCUGUACUCUGUGUUUGAGUUCAGCUGCCCCUGUAUGCCCGAGUACAACUACGCCUAUAGCAUGGGGCUACUGUUCGUGCCGCCCUUAUGGUUCUUUCUGCUGGGGUUUGUUAUGAACAAUAAUGUGUCUGUGCUGGCGGAGGAGUGGAGAAGGCCCGUGGGCAGCCGGAGGAAGGACCCCACCAUCCUGCGCUAUAUGUUUUGCUCCAUGACCCAGCGGUCUCUCAUCGCGCCCGCGGUCUGGUUUUCCGUCACACUUAUGCACGGCAGGAGUUUCCUUUGUGCGUUUAGUACCAGCAUCGAUAUCGACAGACUGGGGAACUUCAGUGUGUUCAAAGGGAUGUCCGAAGAGGAGCGGAUCAAAUUACUGGCCAGAAUCCCGUGUGAUGACGAUGUAUAUUUUGAGCAACAUAAAGAAAUCAGAAUGGUGGCGACACGGUACAUGAAGUGCAUUUCCCAGGCCUGUGGGUGGAUGCUUCUGCUCAUGAUGACCUUCACUGCCUUCUUAAUCCGGGGCAUCCGACCAUGUUUCACCCAGGCAGCGUUCCUCAAGACUAAAUACUGGUCCCACUAUGUUGACAUUGAGCGAAAGAUGUUUGACGAGACCUGUAAGGAGCAUGCCAAGAGUUUUGCAAAAGUUUGUAUUCACCAGUAUUUUGAAAGCAUCAGUGGAGAGAUGCGCACCUUCCACCACAACCGCAUGUAUGGGAGGGAUGGUGAUGUUAAUGAAGAGAACAUCGACGAUGAAGAAAAACUUCUGGGUAUCAGAGCUCAGGAAGAUAUGAAUAAAGUUUUAUGGAACUGGCAUACUAGUAAACCAGCGCUGGCUCUCCGAAAGGACAAAGUGGAUGCUCAAAGCAAUGGACGACUGAAUGGUUAUGUAAAUGGUGAAGCAAAUGGCUUUUUGAAUGGACACACCCCUGAUGUGGAGAAGAAAGAAUGGGCCGUAUAUUACAGCAAGGUUUGAGAGACGACAAAGAGACUGCCUUUUAUUUGCCAGACAAUCGCAGGUGGAGCUUACACUAUUUACACUUAGUGUAUGUAAAGUUGGGAUAUAACACACAGCAUAUGGAACUCAUGUGCAACAUUUAUUUCUGAGCGUAGCUCAAAAUAUGCUAUUGCACUAUGACAUUAGCAUAAAACAGAGAUUAGAUGGUGAUCUGACCAUAGAUCAUAUAUAUCUUUUAUAGUCUAUGGAUCUGACAUACUGUUGGACACUUCAAAAUAUGCAGUACAAGACUGAAAUAUCAAUAUUUGUAUUAUAGUUCAACAUCACAUUGAUUGUCUAUGUGUUGACACACAGCAAGAAAUAUUUACAUAUAAGCUAAGAUCAACAUUUAGAUUUUGCCUUUGGUCUUUAUUGACAUGUUAAGGCUUGUUAAGGCUUCGCAAACUCUACACAAUUGCCUUUUAUGGGCUGAGAAACUGAAGGACUGUGAUAGUAUGUUUAUCAUGGAAAAGGGAAUGGUUUUGUGUCCAUGUCUGUGCUGCCAGUGUGUGCUCACAAGAGGGCGUGCUCUCACCGAAACCCAAUUUUCCCAUGCCAACAAUGACAACAUAAGCAUGUAUCUCUAUCAGCUGAACUUGAAAGCACUCAUCUCUGCACGCAGUGUAAUAAAGUCGAUCUGUUUGUGCUUGUGCACUCAA